AUGCUUCUCCACAUCCUGAUGAACCUGGAGGACAUCGACGUCGACUACAUGACAGCUGACCAGAAGAUGAAGAACCAGAUGGAGAACAUGACUAUCCAAGCGAUUCACCACAACCUGAAGGAGAAUACAUCGAAAGAGCUUUUCGCGCUGACGCUUCGCGCUCACGAGAUGGAGAAUGUGAAGGACCUGAGAGCGAAAGCUUUGAAGAAGAAAAUGAAUGGCGUGAUGAUCCGACAUCGGAUGACGUGCUGCAUGAUCCAGAAGAAUAUGAAUACCGAGUACCAGCAGCACACCGACGAGAUUCCAGCCGCGGUGAUCGACCAACUAUAUCACCAAGAAGCACCUUACAUACCAAUGGUUGGACACGAUCGAGAUGAAGACGUGGUGCAAGACUUCCAAAGGGGAGAUCACUACUUGCUGCACAAGGGCACGGAGACUUUGCAGUUCCAGACCCUGGAAGGACUACAUGGCUUCCGCUGUGCCAGAAUCGCAGCUAGAGAAGAUGAUCGUCUGACCGAAGAAGAGAGACGCAUCAGAAUCGAGAAUUUCCUGCUCCACCACCAGAGGGUGUGA